AAGCUUAAUGUGAAAACUGUCCCCUUAUACUUGACUUGACGUGUGUCAGAAAUCCGUGUGUGCCAGACUCAUUCAUUUUUUGGCACGCCCUUUCUCUUCACGUGCUCCCAGAGCGGUUCCUCUGGCAUGUGUCCCGCGCUCGCGUCACGGGUUUUCCUCUGAGUACUUUUGGAGGGGCAGGGCGCGUUCACGCGUUGGGGCGGUCCAUUUGACAACAGUGUGGAUAAAAACAGGACCAUGGAAAAGAGCAGGACACGCAACAGCAACUUAAAGAACAAGUGCAAAGUCAAAAAGCGAGGACUGCGACUUGGAAGAGUUGGAAAUACUGCAUGCGAGAAUGCAGCAGUGCCGGGACAUGAAGCAGCACGAGGAGGGAUGGCGCUGGGCUGCCGGAUUCCUGAUCGUGAUGCUCUGGCUCCAAGUAUCACUGCGCGUCACUGAGGCAGCAAAUACUUCGAAGCAACCAGAGGGCCAGGAUAUCCAGGGAGGUGUUCAGCCAGGUGUCAAGCCACGGAAGAAUAUUAGACGUGCUAAGGAAACAGUGCAUCUACUGACUGCAAGAGGACCAGAUGGGAAAGUGGUUCCAACUUUAAAUGAGCAGGGCAUUUACAUUUGGUGGAUGUAUCAUAACACUAGAAGCAUAUUCAAACUGGAGGACAACAGCACAACCCUUGUCGUGCCUAAGAAAGGCCUGUACUUUGUGAAUCUGAAAAUGUACUACUAUAUACCUACUGGACAUGAGUGCAAGGAAAAUCUGCUUUUGACGACCUGUAUUAAGCAGUACCAUCCUUCUUACCUUGAGUGGAGAGAUGUCGUAAAGGGCAUGGACACGAUGCAAUGUGUGGACCGCUGGUAUCAGUCUGUUACUUUAAGUCAAAUGGUCAGGCUUGAGAAAGGAACAAAGCUAAGAGUUAUCAUAAACCCAGUGAACUAUGAUUUUAUAAAUGGGGAUGGCAGCACUUACUUCACUGUCACUCUUCUGUAGUAUGGUUUCUACUUUAAAUUUGAAUCCACAUGUUGGUGUUAAUAUUUUGUAAUGUUGAGUAAAGCUGUAUAAAAUAAGUGGUUUUUAAAACACUUAUAUGCAAAUCACAGCAAAAAAGGGACCAUUACUUUUUAAAUAUAUAAUUUUUGUUUGUAUUUUGCUUUUUUUUGUAGGUUUUUCUGAACUACAACAUAGAUAUUCUUGUUAAAUUCUACAACAUGUUUCCAUACGGAAUUCAGAUACUGAAUAUUAUAUAUUGAAUUAAAAAAAAAUACGGCCUUCUUGUUAUUGGUCUUUUGUGAUAUUAAAUGGCCCAGAUUUUGAAUGGUUUUCAUUGCCAGUUGCGAUGGACAUGUUUUAUAUUAAAACGUCUUUUUUGUGCUGAUGUUCCAUUGUGAUAAAUUGACAGUUAAAUAAAAAUCAAUAAAAAAACCUAUUAUUUUUCUCAAUUUCCUUCUAAUAGAUAGAUAAAGAUACUGAAAUGUAAUAUG